AUGAAAAGAAUAGAAGAUGAUGAUGAUCGCCUAGUCACAUUCUCAAAGCGUAGGUCCGGCAUAUAUAAAAAGGCAAGUGAACUCGUUACUCUUUGUGGUGCAGAGGUUGGGGUUGUUAUCUUCUCACCAAGGGGGAAGCCCUUCUCAUUUGGGCACCCUUCUAUCCAAGCAGUCGCAAACCGAUUCUUAAAUCGGAAUAUCACUUCAGUCUCAGAUCACAAGAUUCAAACCAUGGUCGAUGCCCAUCAAAGAAUGAGGAUGGACCAAAACGUUGAGUACCUCAAUCAACUCGUGGAUCUGCUAGAUGCUGAGAAGAAUAGAGGGAAAACCCUGUCAAGGAUAGCUCGCGCGACGAGGGAAGGCCGGAGUCAUGCUCAUUGGGAGCUUGGGUGGUGGGAGCAGCCUCUUGAUGAGCUCUCACUACACGAGCUGAAGAAAGUGGCAUUGUCUAUGGAAGCAUUUUAUAGGGACCUCCGUAACUGCCUGAACCACCCAAUUGAUGUAGCUUCCCUUAGCCUUCCCAAUCCAAUGGCCGAUCUCACGGCCAUAGAUGAUCCGGCUAAUGUGAAGGAGGUUCAGGAUUAA